CAUAUUGUUGGCAGUAAGUGGAAGUGCGCCGUAUUUGAUGAUGGUUUUGAGACGAGGGGAGUCUACAAGCCGUGGUUGGCGUUCUAAAAGCAAUCAUCGUUGUUGCUUCAAUUCCCUGUUUAGAAACAAGGAAACUAGAUAUAUAUCGGAUUCUGUUUGUUCCACUUCUUCCUCAUCAGCUGGUCAUCGAAAACGGUCCAGCACAUCUGAAAAAGCAUCAUCUGGUUAUGGUUGUUCAGACCCUAAGAGACGUCGUGUUUCAGAACGUAGUAAAAGGUACACAUAUAAACUUUUGAUUUUGAAUAGCCUUGUUUUUAUUUCUUUCGUGUCACUGAGUCUGUGAUUGUUUUUAUCCCCGUUGGUUCAGGCGGAAUCAUAGUUCCCAUGUAUCACUUCCUAAUUUCAAUCAUACAACGAGCACCUGUAAGGCAGUACGUAUCUCUGGUGAUAAGGGCCGUCCUCGAGACCGUUCUAACAGUUCCUCCUGCAGUGGCAUCGCUCCUAGUCAUGCUACCAAACCUCCGCCUCACCAUCCAACUAAGCGAGAACGGCAGCGUAGUCCAAGUAUCGAAGUCCAUGAUGGGCAUUCAAUGCGUGUUCACUUACAUAAUGGGCAAUUUCCUGGUUCUCCGAGACUCCCUGACAGAGAUGACAAGCAAAUAGCACGUCGGAAGAGAGAAGAAAAGCGUCGCGAUGAAAAGGCACGAAGAAAAGCUAGUCAUGAGCACCACAAACGCAAACCAUCUGCUAUUGUACCGGUCGGUGACAUUAUCAAGCGACGCUUUCGAGUGGAGAAGAUACUAGGAGAGGGUAGCUAUGGGCAAGUUUUUGAAUGUUUUGACUUGUACACAAAUUCGUUGACUGCUGUCAAGGCUCUUAAACCUCAGAGUGAUUAUAGUGAAGCUGCGCGUCAUGAGGUUAAUGUUUUAGAAACCAUUGCAAGAUUAGAUGCCAAAGAUCGAUCCCAUUGCAUAUCAUCUAUAGAUUUCUUUGAAUGGCAUGAACACUUCUAUAUUGUAUUUCCUCUACUUGGUCCAAGUGUUUUUACAUUUCUUGAAAAAAAUGACUAUGAACCGUACACCAUUGAACAAUGUGCAAUAAUUGUCCGACAGUUGUGUGAGGCUGUUGCCUUUUUGCAUCGAAAUAAGCUCACACACACAGAUUUGAAACCUGAGAAUAUUUUAUUUGUUGAUGGUACUUACGACGAAGUUUAUGUUAACCAUCGUGGCAGGACAGUACGACGAAUCCGUAAUCCAUCCAUAAAGCUUAUAGACUUUGGAUCAGCCACUUUCGAUGAAGAUCACCACUCGACUACCAUACAGACGCGGCACUAUCGUGCUCCUGAAGUUGUUAUGGAGCUUGGAUGGGAUCGGUCUGCUGAUGUAUGGUCUAUAGGAUGUAUUUUGUAUGAAUUGGUGACAGGACAAUGUUUGUUCAUGACACAUGAUAACCUUGAGCACCUAGCUAUGAUGGAACGUUUACUAGGGACUCUCCCAAAAUGUAUGACAAAGGUAUCCCGUCGACGACGAUAUUUCCGCCAUGGUCGGUUAGAUUGGUCUCCUGCUUCUUCGGAGUCUCGUUAUGUUAGGCGAGUUCUAAAACCUCUUGGUGACUACUGGUUUUCUAACUCUGACCUUUACAAGCGCCUGGCUUUCGAUCUUGUAAAAGAGAUGUUGGUGUACAUUCCGUCAGAACGAAUUACCUGUUCCAGAGCAUUAGAGCAUCCUUUUAUUCUUUCGUUUCAUAGUUAAAAUUAUUCACUACCCCUGUACACUAUUUCCCCUGACUAUGAUUAUCAUUGUUAUUUUUGUGAAUAUUUGUUUUCUUUGCAAUGGAUACAUAUGUCGGCCGUCGGUAGCACAACAGGUUUUUCUUACUUCGUUAAGGUUUGAAAGACUUAUUUUCGUAUUUUUCUAAAAUUUGAUAGCAGAGAGAAUAACAACAAUCAUCUCUUGAAAACGUCUUUAUUUAUUUGGUUCCCGACCUUCACUUUUACACUAAUCUAGACUUUCUAAAAGUCCAUAAAAAUUAGAGCUAAAAAUUUUGUUUAGCUUCAUUUCACUGCUACCCGUGUCUGUUCCAUGGAGUAGCUUCAGAACUGUCUUCACCCUGUAAAAUAAGUUAAAUCAGGCG